AUGAAAUUGGUUCACAUUCAAACCUCUGAACUUCUACGGCGAAUGUGCGAAGAAAUAAAAAAAUUAGAUGAAACCCAAAUAUCAAGAUCAGAUAUUAUACCUGCACUUUUUCAUGCUGUGAAAAUGGGAAAUUUUGAAUUUGUUCAAAGUAUAUUAAAGUCAAGUCCCGAUCUAGUGGAGGCCGGCAAUUCCGCUGGGAGGAACAUAUUUAUGGUUGCAAUUUAUCAUCGCCAGGCAAAAAUUUUUAGCCUUAUUCAUGGAGUUGGCUCCAAAUUAAGAGCAACAAAUUGUGUAGAUCAAUAUACAAAUAAUAUGCUACAUAUGGCUGGCUUUUUAUUCCCUCGACCACAACUUGAUCGUAUUUCCGGAGCUGCUUUACAAAUGCAAAGAGAAUUACAAUGGUUUAAGGAGGUGGAGUCAGUUGUACCUCCAUGGACAUAUGGACACACAAACUCAGAGUUCUUGACACCAAGACAACUAUUUACAAGAGACCAUAAACAAUUGUUAUCCGACGGAGAAAAAUGGAUGAAAGAGACAGCAACUUCAUGUACUGUUGUUGGUGCACUCAUUGUUACAAUCAUGUUUGCUGCAACAUUUACUGUUCCUGGUGGGAAUGAUGAAAGCACUGGUUACCCAAAAUUUCUUGAUGACAAAACAUUCACGGUCUUCAUCAUAUCAGAUGCAAUCUCACUUUUCUCUUCCACUACUUCAGUUUUAAUGUUCUUGGGAAUCCUCACUUCAACAUAUGCUGAAGAUGAUUUCCUCAAAUCUUUACCUAAGAAGCUUAUGAUUGGUCUUGGCACACUUUUCCUCUCCAUUGCUGCAAUGAUGAUAUCUUUUUGUGCUGCUGUUUCCGUGAUGCUUGAUGAUAAGAAAUCUUGGGUUGGGUUUUUUAUAAUUUCUCUUGCUAGUAUUCCAGUUACUUUAUUUGUUUUGAUGCAAUUCCCUCUUCUUAUUGAGAUUUACCUUUCUACUUAUAGAUCUAGUAUCUUUAAUAGGAAGGCAUAA